AUGGAAUAAUAUAUUAAAAUAUUAGAAUAGAUGGAUUAACAAAUAAAUAAUCAAUCAUAUUAAAGUGUUUAAGAAUAAAUUUCUUUUAUUAAAUAUUUAAAAUGGUCGGAAACUUAAAAUAAACAGAGUAAUAAUAUAAUAUAUUUUAAGGAUUAUUGAUACGAGAAUUGAAUAAUAGUAUUCAAACAUUAAAAGAAUUAACAAAAGAAGAAUCAUAUUUAUAAGAAAAACAAAUCAAUACUGCAAAAUAUAAAUAAUAAAUAGUAUCAUAAAGUGAAAAGAAAUAAAUCGAAUAUAAUUAAAAAGACUAAAAAUUAUUACAAAAAGAUUUAAAAAAAAGGUAAGAAAUUUCAGGCAGAUAAUUACUCAAUAUCUAAAAAUCAUCUGAAGCAUCAUAUCUCUAAAUAGAUUCUUUAAAAUAAGAUAUUAGUUCAGAUAAGUAAUUCCUUUAAUAGUAAGAAAAAAUCUUUUUCAAUAUCUUAACAAUAGGAAAUUCUUUAUACAAUUUAAAUUUGUUUUAGGAAGCAAUUGAUUGCUAUGAUUAAGUUUUAAAUAUCAAUCCAAACCAUUAUAAUGCACUUAAUCUUAAAGGUAAAUUGGUUCUUGGCUAUUAAUAUAAUCUAGGUAAUACUCUACACAAUUUAAAUCGUUAUUAAGAAGCCAUUGAGUGCUAUGAUAAAUCUAUUAAAGUCAAUCCUGAUCUUUUUGAUGCAUUUUAUAAUAAGGGUAACUGAAUUUAUAUAUAGAAAAUAUUAUAGGUUUAUCUUUAUAAAACUAGAAUCAUUAUUAGGAAGCUAUUGAAUUCUAUGAUAAAGCUUUAUUGAUUAAUUCUAAUGAUUUUGAUGCCUUCAAAAAUAAAGGUAAUAAAGCUAUUUUCUAAUAAUUUAAUAGGCUUGAUACUACAUACUUUAAAUUGUUAUAAGGAAGCUAUCUAAUGCUAUAAUUAGGCUUUAUUCAUCUAACCAAAUGAUUAUGAUACACUUAAACAUAAGGGUAAUGAGUUCUUUUAUGCAACUUUACUUUAGGCUUAUCACUAUAUGAUCUAAAUCAAUAUUAAGAAGCUAUUGAAAAUUAAGAUAAAGUUUUAAAUAUAGAUCCUAAUGAUUGUGAUGCACUCUAUAUUAAGGGUAAUGAGUCUUUAAAAAUUUAUUUAACUUAGGAUUAUGUUUAAACAAUCUCAAUCGUUAUAAGGAAGCUAUAGAUUGCUAUGAUAAAGCCUUAUAGUUCAAUCCUAAUGACUUUAAUUUACUUAUUAAUAAAGGCAUAAAUUAUAUAUAUAAUGUAGGUAAUUCAUUACACUAUUUGGGAUUUUAUUAAGAAGCUAUUGGUUAUUAUGAUAAAGCUUCUUAGAUCAAUCCAAAUGAUUGCAUAGCACUUAAUUAAAAGGGUAAAGUAAUUAAUAAAUUUUUAGGUUUAUCAUUACACUAUUUGAAUCAUUAUUAGGAAGCCAUUGAUUGUUAUGAUAAAAUCAUAAAGAUCAAUCCUACAGAUUAUGAUGCCCUAAAAAAUAAGGGUAAGUUAGUUAUUUACUAUAUAUUAAAUUUAGGCAAUUUAUUACACGAUUUGGGAUAUCAUAAAGAAGCUAUUAGUUGUUAUGAUUAAGCCUUAUAGAUUAGUCCAUAAGAUUGUGAGGUGCUUAAUUUUAAGGGUAAAGGAGCUUUUAAAUAUAUAAUUAUAUAGGUUUAUCAUUACACUAUUUGAAUCAUAAUUAGGAAGCUAGAGAUUGUUAUGACAGAAUUUUAAAUAAAAAUCCAAAUGAUUGUAAUGCCCUGAAAAAUAAGGGUAAAUGAGUUUUUAAUUUUAUCUGUGAUUUAGGCAAUUCUUUACAAGAAUUGGGAUGUUUUUAGGAAGCGAUCGAUUGUUAUGAUAAAGCCUUGUAGAUCAAUCCAAAUGAUUGUGAUACACUUAAUCUUAAGGGUAUUGAGUUCUUAAAUUUAUUUUUAAUUUAGGCCUAUCAUUAUAUGAUUAAAAACGUUUUUAGGAGGCUAUUGAUUGCUAUGAUAGAACUUUAAUGAUUAAUUCAAAAGAUUUGGAAGCUGUUAAUCUUAAGGGUAAUGAGUUCUUGAAUUUAUCAUAUUUUAGGCCAAUCAUUACAUUAUUUGAAUAGUUGUGAGUAAGCAAUUAAGUUUUAUGAUUUUACUUUAAGGAAUAAUCCAAAUCCUAAUUACAUGAAAUAUAAAGGUAUUUUGACUCUAAUUUUUUCUUAGCUGAUGCACUAUUAAAGAUUGGAAAAAAAGAAGAAUCAAAGGAGUAGUACAUAAAAGCCUUAAAUGCUGGAUAUGAUAAAGAUGUAAUCGAAAAUAUAAUGAAAAUAUUUAAAUGA